CGCUCCCGGGCCCCGACCUCCCUUCAGCCGCGAGGCUGCCUCGCUUCUCGAUUGCCGCCCACUGCUGUGACUCGCACGGCACCAAGGGCACAGACUUAAAGGACAAGCUGCUGAGGACAGCAUUCCCGCUCAACGUGCUGCCCUCUGUUCCUGUUUUCUACCUUGAUGUCACGACGUUCGCUCCGCGCUGGGCGUCUCGAGUCUCAGCCCCCCGCGAAACCCACGCACGCCGCGCUGAGAAUGCCUCACCAAUAUCCACGCAUUCACGUCUGAUUUCGACUUGCACAGGCCGAAUCAGAAGUCGUCCCGGAUGCAGACGAUUUCAAGCUGUGGAGGCCCGAUGUGCCCUUGCUUCGAACGUUUCUGAUAUGUUGCGCCUGUGUUGAUGAACCUGUAUGCUGUGGCCACAGGGCAGCUCUUUCGGCAGGGUGCAGUGGUUCCGCACAGCAGACGUGUGACGAACUCUUCUGUCGGACGCUCAGGCUGUUCCGCGCGCUCAUAUCACGCACCGCCCAAUCUCUUCACCUGUCUCAUUGCAGUGCCUACAAUCUCGGGCCUUGGCAGGCGAAAACGGUACGAUGGAGUGGCAGACUCGAAUCGGAACGGGUAUGUCAGGCCUCGACGGAUCGCAUCUUCCGAGAGCGCGCUGUUCAUGGACAUGGGCAUAUAUUGCAUAUCAUAGGGAUCGAUGUAUGGCAUAAGGAACUUGACGGCAAUACAAAAAAAAACUGACUAAAGGGUCUUGGGUCUGCGCGGACGGGGAACAGCAAAAUAACUGUUGCAAACGGCAGAAGAAUAGGACAAACACUGCAAAGCGAUACUACAGCAUGGAAGACAGCAAAGCAAUACUAAAGCAUGGACGACAGCAAUGCAAUGAAGAAGAUAGGGUCUUGGGGGCCUCAGAACGCGCCAGAAAUUGGAACGGGGACAGGCUCACACUAAACAUCGCGCACGGGGUUUGGAUUGGGGGCUUGAGUCAUUUGGAUCUUGGGGAACCACGAGCAGGCCUGCGCCUGCUGGUUAACGGGCCCAUCUCUGCGCUUGGCGAGGACCAGGAGCGCGGUGAUCAAGAUCGCCAGCAGGACUGCGGGCGGUCAGCAACAGGCGCCCGUGCUGAGCAGUCAGGAUGGGCGACACGAACACAAUCCGAAGAGAAUUCCGAUGAACGUGUGCAGGGACAGCCCGCCAAUGUCGUCGUCACCGUCGAGCAGGGUUGGUACUUGAGAGGCGGAGGUGGGCUGCAUAGGCGGGCUCAGUCAACGCAGCAGAUGUGACGGAGGUGGCUUACCAGCAACGUCUGCACGACUGUCUGUGCAAACGCGCUCUGGCUGCGUGUUGCGCUCCCUGUCUGGCUCGGGACUGAGACUGCAAGGACGGCCACGUUUCGAAGGGUGCUGAGGGUCAGAACUGCAGAUAGUCUCAUAGGCGUGAUGGCAAAACGUGCAGGGACGGAGAUAUAGGAAAACCGGACAGAACAUGGCGGAGGCUUAUAUGCACUCCCUGUAUUCAGGCAUAUAUGCUCCUCUUAGGCGCUU